UUAUUCUUACUUUGCUCAGUCGAGCCUUCCAUUUUCAGUUUUUGAUAGUCUUGUACUUUUAUCGAAAAGAAGCCAAGGUUCYGAAGGACCGAAAUACGUCAUAAAUGGUGGACUUGUUUUGUGGGGAACUAGAGGACGAUUUGGAUGGCAGUAAACACUCCAACUCGAACGACUGGAUGCGCUUUCUACUCCAAAUAGUGCACGACGAAGGUAGCUAAAUUGAAGUAAGAAAGCGAAGGAGGGCUAACCGUCCUCCUUAGAUUUGYGACUUUGACGGUACAGACCUGAAGGAAAUUACAAAGGACUAAACAAAAAUUUAUAAGAAGAUUUUAAAGGGUUAAAAUACAGGGUAUGAAGAACCAAACAAUCGUUAGAUUCAUCCAAAAAGCAUCCAACUUCAAAUCAAUGGCGGCAGAUCAAGGCGACGUGGAAUCGAGCUUUGCCACCCCUGGCUCCGUCUUUGCCAAAGUCGACAGCAUUCUCUGGGCGAUCGCAGCCUCUAAACACAAUAAAUCACAUCUGAUGAARUUUGUUCCAGUUGUAAAGCAGAUCACCAAAGUGUUGAACGGAGCAGAUGCGAGCUUUAUUCGCCAGGCAGAGUUUUACAGUGACUUGAAGGAGACACUCGACAAGAUCGAACACCAAAUAAACGAGUGCAAGACCCGAGGGAAGUGGACCAACAAGCUGAUGGCCAAGAAAGACCAAAAAACCUUUGAAGAAAUAGAACAUCACGUAGAUUUACUCAUCACCAGAAUUGUCUUUGCUUUUGCCCAGCGAGCAGAGCUGAUGAACAUCGCCAGGAAAAAGAAAUUACAAAAACAGCAGCUUAGUUUCUCAAGCAUCGAAGAGGAGGAAGAAGAAAAUGAAAGUGAAAUACCAAAUGAUAAAAGUUUAAGCCGAAGGGAAAGCGCUAUCGAAACUACUUCUGUUAUUAGUGAGGACGGCGUCAGCGGAGAAAGAUAACUGCAUUAAAUUAAAGUGAARUUAUUUCGCCUUUUUGAAGAAUCGUGUGUGUGAAUAAUUUUAGUACAAAGUAGUUAAUACUUAUCAAUUUUUUCUGAAUAUUUGAUGAGCGUCGGCCUGGCAAGAGUUCUGCGACUCAAAAAUGUAGACGAAGACAAUUUUAUUCUUGCACGAAAGACUUUGAAAUCAUUUACUAGCCCAGUAGAUUUGCAUUAGGAACAAUGUAUUUGCUAAUCCAAAAUUUAUAAUCUAAAAAUUGUAGAGCUAAAAUGAAAAAUAUUUAGCUAAUUUUGUAGCUGAUAAGAUAAUUAUUYAGAAGAGCAAUAUAUUUACUUUGUAUUUACUAUUUAUAUAUUUACUUUGGUGCGAUGAUUGGCUGGCUACCAUGUUCAUAUCAGAGGACAAAGACACUCUCGCUCAAAAUAAUUCAAAAUUGUUUUAUGAAAGCAAUAUAUAAAACGCCUGCUAAUGCCUUUGUACUGUGAUAUAAACAUUUUGGGAGCUGUAGAGCAAUCGAAAAGCAAGUGAAACACUUGGCUAUGCCUCUUGUUUCUAAGCUUGCUUUUCAGAGUCUUGCUCUCAGCCCCCAGUGUGUUUAUAUCACAGUACAGAGACAUGCAUAUGCAUUUUGUAUUCCUUAAUAUAGGGUUAUUUACCAAAAUAUCUAUAUAUUUUAGUGGAACUUCACUUAUUAGGGAGAAGCUAUAUUUUUUCAACACUAAACUUUGAAGCGUAGUAUUUUAAAACUAUGCCUUGGCAUUUGUGCACAUGUAUAGAUAUAUCAAAAACAUUGCUGUAAAUGAUAACAGAUAGCACAUUUAAACACAAAUAUUAAAAGAAAUUGAUGAAA